ACCUUAAGUAGAUAGCUGCGCUAUGAUAUUUAACUGAAUACUUCACAUCUUACUAUGUAGAUUCCUUUAAUCACUUUCUGUUUUUUCAUUUAAAUAGGGGAGCUGAGAGGUUUUUUUUGUUUGUUUGUUUUGUUUUGUUUUUUUUUGAGAAUGGAGAAUGCUGAAAAGUGACGGAAAAUAGGGUUGGAGGGAGGUAGGAAUGGCCAGAAUUAGAAGCAGGUGGAUGGGACAGCCCUGAUGAAGAAACUCAAGGCUCAGGUUCUAUUUCUUCGCUACUCGGGGAUCUGCCCCAAUUGGCCCAGUAACACUAUAAUUUAGUCUUUUCUGCGCAUGUCAAGAUCUUUUGUCCCUCGGCGGACACCGUUUGCCAGCCAAAGCUAUGUCGCGCUCACCGACUUCAUAGGGUUCCGAAUUCUGUCUUUUUUCCCCAAGCUUGCCAUGGCUAGUCGAGGGGCUCGGCAGCGCGUGAAGGGCAGCGGGGGCAGCAGUGGGGAUACGGCCCCCGCUGCGGACAAGCUGCGGGAGCUGCUGGGCAGCCGAGAGGCGGGCGGCGCGGAGCACAGGACCGAGUUAUCUGGGAACAAAGCAGGACAAGUCUGGGCACCUGAAGGAUCUACUGCUUUCAAGUGUCUGCUUUCAGCAAGGUUAUGUGCUGCUCUCCUGAGCAACAUCUCUGACUGUGAUGAAACAUUCAACUAUUGGGAGCCAACACACUACCUCAUCUAUGGGGAAGGGUUUCAGACUUGGGAAUAUUCCCCAGCAUAUGCCAUUCGCUCCUAUGCUUACCUAUUGCUUCAUGCCUGGCCAGCUGCAUUUCAUGCAAGAAUUCUACAAACUAAUAAGAUUCUUGUGUUUUACUUUUUGCGAUGUCUUCUGGCUUUCGUGAGCUGUAUUUGUGAACUUUACUUUUACAAGGCUGUGUGCAAGAAGUUUGGGUUACACGUGAGUCGAAUGAUGCUAGCCUUCUUGGUUCUCAGCACUGGCAUGUUUUGCUCAUCAUCAGCAUUCCUUCCUAGUAGCUUCUGUAUGUACACUACGUUGAUAGCCAUGACUGGAUGGUAUAUGGACAAGACUUCCAUUGCUGUGCUGGGAGUAGCAGCUGGGGCUAUCUUAGGCUGGCCAUUCAGUGCAGCUCUUGGUUUACCCAUCGCCUUUGAUUUGCUGGUCAUGAAACACAGGUGGAAGAGUUUCUUUCAUUGGUCGCUGGUGGCCCUCAUACUCUUUCUGGUGCCUGUGGUGGUCAUUGACAGCUACUAUUAUGGGAAGUUGGUGAUUGCACCACUCAACAUUGUUUUGUAUAAUGUCUUUACUCCUCAUGGACCUGAUCUUUAUGGUACAGAACCCUGGUAUUUCUAUUUAAUUAAUGGAUUUCUGAAUUUCAAUGUAGGCUUUGCUUUGGCUCUCCUAGUCCUACCACUGACUUCUCUUAUGGAAUACUUGCUGCAGAGAUUUCAUGUUCAGAAUUUAGGCCACCCAUAUUGGCUUACUUUGGCUCCAAUGUAUAUUUGGUUUAUAAUUUUCUUCAUCCAGCCUCACAAAGAGGAGAGAUUUCUUUUCCCUGUAUAUCCACUUAUAUGUCUCUGUGGUGCCGUGGCUCUCUCUGCACUUCAGAAAUGUUACCACUUUGUGUUUCAACGAUACCGCCUGGAGCACUAUACUGUGACGUCGAAUUGGCUGGCAUUAGGAACUGUCUUCCUGUUUGGGCUUUUGUCGUUUUCUCGCUCUGUGGCACUGUUCAGAGGAUAUCACGGGCCCCUUGAUUUGUAUCCAGAAUUUUACCGAAUUGCUACAGAUCCAACCAUCCACACUGUCCCAGAAGGCAGACCUGUGAAUGUCUGUGUAGGCAAAGAGUGGUAUCGCUUUCCCAGCAGCUUCCUUCUUCCCGAUAAUUGGCAGCUUCAGUUCAUUCCAUCAGAGUUCAGAGGUCAGUUACCAAAACCUUUUGCAGAAGGACCACUGGCUACCCGGAUUGUUCCUACUGACAUGAAUGACCAGAAUCUAGAAGAGCCAUCCAGAUAUAUCGAUAUCAGUAAAUGCCAUUAUUUAGUGGAUUUGGACACCAUGAGAGAAACACCUCGGGAGCCAAAAUAUUCAUCCAAUAAAGAAGAAUGGAUCAGCUUGGCCUAUAGACCAUUCCUUGAUGCUUCUAGAUCUUCAAAGCUGCUGCGGGCAUUCUAUGUCCCUUUCCUGUCAGAUCAGUAUACGGUGUAUGUAAACUACACCAUCCUCAAACCCCGGAAAGCAAAGCAAAUCAGGAAGAAAAGUGGAGACCGGAGAAGAGCAGAACCAACUUACAGGAAGAAUUGAAAAUCCUGGGACUGGAUGGCUGUGUUAAGCUGUUCUCCACACUCUGGCCUGGCAUCUGAGAACUAGCAAGCCUCUCUUAGGCCAUAUGGGCUUCUCCACCAAAGCUGUUUGGCAGCUCCUAGCAGAGCUUCUUGUUCAAAUCCUCGUGCUGAAAAUGAACAUAGCCUAGUUGCCAGCCCACAUGUCCUUUUCACCUCCAGCAAGACUAAGCUGCUUUAAAGCACUUCACAGAACUAGGACCCUGUCCUGGAGCUAUCUCAGGAAAAAGGCGACCAUUUGAGGAACUGUGACCUAAUUUUAUUAUAAUGAUGCCUCUAAUUUUCAUUUCCUUUACAACCCACUGUAACUAUAUGGUUGUAUUGUUUUUUUGUUUAGUUUUAGCAUGCUAGGUUUUGAAUUCUAGGCUCCUCCGUGUGAAGAUAUCAACAGACAAAACUACAACUGUAUAGGACAUAUAUGGAGAAAAUUUUAUCAAUUGAUAGACUUGGAUGACAUCACAUUUUUAAGUAAUGUAAUCUGAGGCCACUGCUGAGGAAAUUAAGAAUUUUCCUUUUUUUUUUAACCACCCCCAGUGAAAAGGACCAGUGUAUAUUUAUAGCACCUAUUUUUUAGUUCUGUCUGUCGUGAGGCACAUCCUGCAUGGGGCACUUCUAGUCAAAUAGGCAAUUAUAAGGACCUAAUUAAAAUGUAAUAAGUAUAUACUAUUACUUUAAAAGCCUUUACUGUCAGUACUUCAGUUUACAAGGCACUUUCACAGCAUCUCAUUUGAUCCUCACAGUCACAACAUGUGGUAGACAAGGCAGGUGAUUUUUUAUCCCCAUUUUACAGAUAAGGAAACAGGCUGGGGUGGGGAGUGAGGGGAGGUAAACAUAGUUGCCUGAGGUCACACAGCCAGUAAGUAAUAGAGCUGGGACUGGAACCUAGGUUUCCUUACUCUCAUCUGUUGCUCCUCCAUAUUCCUCACUCAGCCAUGAAAACAUUACUCGAAAGGACUGAUGAGGUUAACCAGAGACCCAACUGAUACUGUAACUUUCUAUUUUAAGGAAGAAUUGUGUCUGUAUUUCUUUGAGUUCUUUGGAGCCUCCAGUCUGCCUGUAUGUUAGACUAGCACAGCAGUGCUGUGUGAUGCAGCCUGACCUGUGGCAGGAAAGUAGUGCUUCUGUUUGGAAGUCGUCUUCUUUUGCAGCCACACAGGAUCCAAAUAUUAGUACUAUCCCUGUAGUCAAUGUGGGGUCACAUUAUAGGUGCCUUAUUUCCCUAAGGGUAACUGAUCUGAAUAUCUGCAAAUAGGAUGAAUCUAUUUUUCAGAAGUUCCAUCUUUCAUUUUUCUUUCUUUCUUUUCUUUUCUUUUUUUUCUUUUUCUUUUUUCUUUUGAG